CCCAUUCACGCGUUUCCUAGGAAGUGAAUGUUUUACACACACUUUGCAGUCGAUUCAAAGCGUGAUUGCAGUGUAGAUUUUAUUCACCCUGCUUCUUUAACAAAAUGGAAGUCAACAGGACAGGAAGAUCCUUCCUCAUAACCGGUGGAGGAGGUUAUUUUGGAUUCCGUCUCGCCUGUGCUCUCCUCAAAACCUCCUCAAACAUCGUGCUGUUUGAUGUGAUUCCCCCGAGCCAAGAGCUGCCCGCGGGUAUCGCAUUCACACAGGCAGAUAUCCGUGAUUACGCACAGGUGGAAGAAGCCGUCCGAGGCGCGCACUGCGUGUUCCACAUCGCCUCCUAUGGGAUGUCAGGACGGGAGCAGCUCAACUGGAAACUCAUUGAAGAAGUGAACAUAAAGGGAACGGAGAACAUCCUCAGGGCUUGCGUGGCACACGGCGUCCCCCGACUUGUCUACACCAGCACCUUUAAUGUAGUGUUCGGCGGUCAGGAGAUUAAGAACGGUGAUGAAAGUCUGCCUUACUUGCCCUUGCACCUGCACCCUGAUCACUACUCCAGGACUAAGUCUAUAGCAGAGAUGCAGGUGUUAAAAGCAAACGGUUCACAGCUGAAUAACAGCGCAGGUGUGCUACGCACUUGUGCCCUGCGUCCAGCUGGGAUAUACGGCCCCGGGGAGCAACGGCACCUGCCCAGGAUAGUUAGUUACAUUGAGAAGGGGAUCUUUAGGUUUGUGUACGGAGAUCCUGAUAGUCUUGUGGAGUUUGUUCAUGUGGAUAAUCUGGUGUCCGCGCACCUGUUAGCCGCCGAGGCGUUGACUGAAAAGCGUCAGCACCGGGCCGCCGGUCAGCCCUAUUUCAUCUCUGAUGGACGGCCUGUCAACAACUUUGAGUUUUUCAGGCCUCUGGUGGAGGGUUUGGGAUACUCGUUCCCCACGCUUCGACUGCCCAUUUCGCUCAUUUAUCUCUUUGCAUUUCUGACUGAGAUGGUUCACCAUGUCGUGGGGCGGAUCUAUAACUUCCAGCCCCUGCUGACCCGUACUGAGGUCUACAAGACGGGCGUCACGCAUUAUUUCAGUAUGCGUAAGGCACGAGAAGAGCUGGGAUACGAGCCUAAACAGUAUGACCUGGAAGAUGUUGUGCAAUGGUUUCGAGGCAGAGGUCACGGGAAAAAGCACAGCCGGUCGUCAAUUAGGAAACUAAUUUUAGAUGUUGUUUUGGUGGUUGCUUUUGCUGCUGUGCUUCUCUCCUGCCUUCCAGUUGUGGGAGAAUGAAAUGUGCCUUAUGUGAGAUUUAUAACUGAUUUGUUAAUUAAAACAUGCAUGUUCAUAUUAAUGUACAUGAGGGAUGUUAAAUUGUACAAUGUUGGACGGAGACAGUCGUGUACACAAAUAAGCUAAACCUGAUCUUUUUUUUUUUUUUUUUCCACUCGUGGAAGAACAGUGUCUUUCCUCAAAGGUUUAGGGUAAAUUCAUUUUAAAUGAUUGCCCUCAUUAACAUAAAAAGUAUUUGUUUGUAGUUUACAACAAUAUUAAAAUACUUUUUGGACAGACUGACUGUAUUUGCUAUUUCUGA